AUGUCUAUGAGUCGAGCUACUGAGCUGACCCUCCUGAACUGGGUAAAUACUUUUCCUUUGGACAGUGAGGUAACUACUGUAGAAGGUCUGUCAGAUGGAACUGUUUUUGCCAAGAUGAUCGGAAAUAUAUGUCCGGACUACGCUACUAUCGAUCUCCAGCAAAAUAUCGGACCUUCAAAAUGGAUCAGCAACAAGAGAAAUCUAGAGUCUGUCCACAAAUUACUAUUACGAUAUAUCGCUGAGAAAUGUCCGAACCUUGACUCACUUGCUUUCGAGAGCAAAAUUGAUUUAAACGCAAUAGCAGAACAUGGAGACUCCCAGGAGACUAAUAAGCUUCUAACUAUGUUUCUCAUGGCAGCAGUAGAAGGACCUAAAAAUCGUGACUAUAUAAGCCUCAUUACGACCAAACUAGAUACACCAGCUCAAGAAGAAAUCAAGACCAUCAUAAUGAGAGCUAAUGCCACUAUACGACCAUCAGCUGACACUAAAGAGUCCCAAAAGGCACCAGACAAAGAUAAUGAUCUUGCUUUAGAAGAAGCACACGCAAACUUGUUCGCUGAAUACGAGGCCCUUAAAAAAAAACAUGCAGACUUCAUGACAAGAUUCGAAAGGCUUACUAUAAGUCAUGAAGAUCUUAUCCAAUACAGUAACGAGGCAGACGCCCGGCUAAAGGCUCUACAAGAUACGGGCGUAGGAGAUCACGCUGACCAUAUGAAAAAUCAGGUAGAAAGGAUACUUGAACUCGAGGAUAUUAUAGCAGCUCAGGAACAACAAGUUGAAGCUGAUCGAGUAUUGAAGGAAAAGCAAAUUCGAGAACUAAUUUCUCUUCGACCGAUGGCUGCCCUUUUGACAGAGUGUCAGGAUGAACUCAAGGUUGUCAAAGUUGAAAACCUUAACCUCAUAAAAAAAGCCAACAAAGUCGAUCACUACAUCAAGAAGCUAGAAAACCACACAUCGCUCCAGAGAGAGAAUUCUGAAUUAAGGGAGAGGAUAGACUUGCUCGAAGAUAAUCAGAAAGACUAUGAUAAAGUUCAUGAAGAGAACACAAAAUAUAAACUGACAGCGACCGAAUAUGGUAGUCGCUUCCAGGAGCAAGAGCUUGAUAUUGUUGAGCUAUCUAGCCAAAGAACUGCAUUAAAGCAGGAAAUACAAAUCCUGAACGAAAGAAUCUCAGAGCUUAACGAAAGGCAACGUCAUGACGAAAAAUUUAUUAAUGAAUUGCAAGAGCAGAUGCGAACAUCAUUAGGAGCCCUUUCACCUGUGUCUGCUGUUCCUGGUCAAGUUGGAUUAAGCCUCGAAGAAGAGCUCGAACAAGUCGAGGAAACACCCACUCAUUCUUUGGAGAACGUCAGACUCAAAGCUGAGCUCAAGCUUCUUCAGAAUAGUAUUGGAAAUUCAAAAAUUACACAACUUAAUAUUGAGCUUGCUCAGUCAGAAAGAAUUAAGAAACAACUUGAAGAAAAAUAUCAAGAACUACUCGAAAGUCAUUCUGUGGGACAGCAACAGUUGAAUGAAAUUUUGGACAAUAUAUCAGGUGAAAAGAACGAAUCCAUUAUCGGUACUCGAAAACUUUUUAUUGAGGCUAGUCAAGAAUUGAUAACAACAAAAUCCAAGCUUGCAAAGCUUCAAGUAGAAUUAUCCGAGCGCGAGCAUGAGCUGCUAGAAAAGAAAUCCAGUUCCGAAACUAUUAGCGAUACGGAGCACGACAAAAUUCGAGAAAUCAAAGGAAACAACAACACUCUUGCAUCUGACCUUCAGGCAGAGCUGCUUACUCUUCAGGACAAGUAUAAUACGAUACUAGCCGAUUUCAAAUCUCAGAAGAAGCAUCUUGAUCAUGUAAAACUGAUGCAGUAUCCUGAUAAUGACAUGGCAUUGCUAACAGGAGAGAAGCUCGAGAACGCUGGCUCAGUCCAAUCUCUAAAUAAUCAAAAUACGCAAGAUGAGAUAUUUGAGACAAAUGAGCAUGAUAAGACUAUACAGCCAAAUGAACAGAAACCUAAAACAUUAUCUAAAGAAAAUGUUAACAUUCUAAGUUUGACGAGUGAAUGCCAAAUAAAGAAUUUGGCUCGUGAAAACGCCUUGAUUGCCACUGCAUGGUAUGACUUAACUAAUAGAAUACAAAGUAAUCAUGUCGUUCUGCAGCGGAGACAGGAGGCCCCGAAAAGCUGGCUUAACAAGCAGAGGCAGAUGGUCGAUACGACCGGUAGACGUUAA